AUGCGCGCCUACCUUUACGACAACCUCGACACCGACUGCAGAGAGACCCACGAACAGAUCCCUUCGGUCCCUGUCUCGGCCGAGGAGCUCGCGGCCUCCGGCGUCCUCUACUGGAAACUCAAGGACGAGAACUUUGAGGCCCAGAUUGACAAAAUCUGCGAGGACCGCAACUACAAGAACCGCGACCAGAUUACUGUCUCCAAGGAAGGUUUGGGCGAUUUGUUCGACGCCAAGAUCAAGACCUUCUUUGCCGAGCAUUUGCACGAGGACGAGGAGAUUCGCGCCAUCUUGGAGGGAACUGGAUACUUUGACAUCAGAGAUAAGGACGAUCGCUGGGUCAGAAUCAAGGUUGAGGCUGGAGACUUGAUCGUCUUGCCCGCCGGAAUCUACCACCGCUUCACCCUUGAUACCAACAACUACCUCAAGGCCAUGCGUCUCUUCAAGGAGGACCCUGUCUGGACCCCUCUCAACCGUCCUUGUGAUGAGAACUCUUACCGUAAGGCAUACCUCCAAGCCAUCGCAACCAACUAA